CUCGACACAAACACCACCCAUGCCGCCGUUGGGUUUCUAUAAGUUGGCAAACAUUAACAGACCGAGAGGUUGUCAAUAGUACACGUAAUCCGUUGAUAUCAAGUGUACUACUGUUGUACUUUGCCAAUUGAUGCCCAAUUGACUGCGGUGUAAAGCGCGCACCCUAAUCCAACACUCCGAUGGCACCGACCCCGCAACCCCGCCAGCGCCGCCGGGUUGUUCGGACUUGUACCCGGCCGCAUCCAAGCAUCCAAUACAUUGCUUCAUCACAUCACCCUCGCACACGCGCGCACCCAAGCCAAUAAUGUCCCAAUCAGGAGCAUCACCGUUGGCCGGCAUCAAAGCUCUGACCUUUGAUGUCUUCGGCACAACUGUGGACUGGCGCUCAUCGGUCACCGACGAGCUGAUCCUCCGUGCGCACCGCAAGCUAUCGCCAACGGCCCCGACAUUCCCACAGCAAGCUAGCGGUCUGCCUCAAAACGGAAGUAACCUAACGGCGGAGCUGCGCGGCCGGUUGGCAGCCCUGACAGACGACGAUUGGAGACGUUUUGCGCAGGAGUGGCGUGAUUCGUAUGGGGUGUUCACAAACACCUUUGACCGCGCAACCUCGGUAUGGAAGAGUAUAGACGAUCACCACCGGGAUAGUCUCCGCGAUCUGCUGGCCAAAUGGGAUCUAGAGGGUGUCUACUCUGAGUCAGAGAUUGAGUCGCUGAGUUUGGUAUGGCACCGCCUGACGCCUUGGGACGACUCUGCUGAUGGACUCGCUGCGCUGGCUGCCAUGUCGCUGACCACGGCGACAUUGUCCAACGGCAACUUGAGCCUGAUCCAGGAUCUCGAUGACUAUGGCAACUUGGGGUUUGCCAAGUUCUUCUCUGCCGAGACGUUCAUGGCAUACAAGCCGGAUCCGUCAACAUAUCUCGGAGCCGCAGAGCGGAUGGGCCUGCAGCCAAGAGAAGUCGCCAUGGUGGCUGCACAUAUGACGGAUUUAGCCGCGGCAAGAGCUCUCGGUCUACGAACCAUUUACAUUGCACGGCCUCAAGAAGAAGCGUGGAGUGAAGAUGACGAGAGAUACCAAGCGACAAAGGCGGCGCUGGACCUCUGGGUCGGCGAGAACGAAGAUGGCUUCAGAACCAUGGCAGCAAAGCUCAAGGAAAUCCGGUCGUAGAAGAAGAACCAGCGCUACAUCAUCCUGUAUAAUACUACACUACUUACAGUACGCAUUUAUCCAUAAAUAAGCAUUUUGGCCUCUCCUUGCCCCUGUCAUGCAUCGCUACCCGACAGGAACAUAACGGUUAUCGCUUCUAAGACAAUCCUCUGAUGAUUAACGCAGCCCAACUAAGCAAAAGACCAACCGGCAGUUGCUCAUAGCCUUGUUAACAAAUCAGUCGUAUUAAUUGCGUUUCUAUCAAUUUUCUAGGCGACAACUGUUCCUCGGAACUUCGGAUGCCAUCGCCAGCGAGGCAUACGACUGCACCAAUGGCAGCAGCCCGAAGGAAUCGGGUUUACGCCUCCGCAAGAGGGUUUACGUUUGACUAGGAAGCCUCGUUCAGUCCUGCAAGCCGCCGGCCAUUCCGUCAUCGCGAAGUCAAAGAAAAAACGACGUUACCACCACCCACCACGUCUGCAGCGCCACCAAAGCAAACCGUGCGCCGCCAAUCACUCAACUCCGCUGCUCUUGACAUAUCAGAUCGCAUGGCCGCUGGGUGGUCGAGUGCCAGGCCAGUGGAACGGCUAGAAGUGGGAAAACAUGCGAAGCGGGAUGUGUUCGAGACAUGCUGCGCACGCAAUUGCCAAACGAAGCCAUUUUUAGCCGCCAUGUCUCACCAAGGAGCAUCUGAGUGGGUGACAUGCCGUGUCCUAAAAACCUGACCUAGUAGUGGUAUACCUAUAACAGUUAUAUUAGCAUAAUUACUGCUUAUUAGUUUGUUAACAUGUCUCAUACAAAAUAGAUACAAGCCGUCACGCUAGAACAUAUCAUAGCUACGAAUAUAAUGCCAAGGAUUAUCAUUAUUGUCGUC